AUGUUAAAAGACCGUAUCCCCAAGAUUCUGAUAGUCAAGAGUGCGCCAAUGUUCCUCGAACAAAGUCUUCAACCCUUCAUUCUCGACAAUUUGCUCGAUGUCUCUGCCAAGUGUUUCAUUCCUCCUUCUGAAUUCAAGGCACGACGUCAAAUCACAAGCUGCGUAGGGGAACCAGAUCAUUUAAUGACUAGAGAUGGAGAGAUUGUUGCCAUUGUUGAAGAAAAGGGCAAUUGGACCUUGCCUAUCAGUGAUAUCGUCAAUUCAUACGACACAGAAAGGACACGUGUGUCUGCUCUUAAUCAACUCUACCACUAUAUGCGAUUGAACCACAGACAAUAUGGGAUUCUGUCGUCAUACGAAAACACCUGGUUUGUUUAUCGAAAUCAAGAAUGUGCCGUUUGUGAAGAACUUCAAGUUCAUGAAACUUUGUAUGUUUCCGAGGGAAUCUCCUUUACUGCUCAAACUCCCACUGUCCAGCAAUGCUUAUCGUAUUUCAACAGCAUCGUCAAUCACAAUCAUAUGGAUUCUCCCCCCGCAUCAAAGCGUCCGUCUAGAGCUAGUUCUGCUACCCAAAUCUCUCGACCAAGUAGUACUAGAGUAUCUCCGCGUGCUAGUCUCUCCAGAGGAUGCAGUUCUUUGUCGUCUGGAAUUCAAAUCAACGAGCAACCCCAAGAUUUUGAUGUUGAUGAUUUCAAAUUUGAUACAGUUCUUGGUGAAGGAAGAAGCAAAGUGUAUUUGGAUUACUAUGGAUCUAGCCGUAUUGCUCUCAAGGUUGCUGAUAUUGCCAAGCACGGAGAAAUGCUUCCAGAAUUGCUGAAUGAGGUUUCUGUGUAUGAACAGCUAUCGGGGCUACAAGGGAAUGGCAUACCUAGAUUCGUUUGUCAUGGGUUUGUGGAGGACGUUCUGUACUGUGUAGGUGUUUCUAUCUGUGGUACGGUGGCCAAUGGAUUCACUGAACAGCAAAAGCAGAAGUUGUUGGAAACACUCGAAAGCAUUCACGAGGCCGGUAUUCUACAUAACGAUAUCAAAAAGGAGAAUAUCUUGAUUGAUGAAUCUGGGAAUCCAUAUAUCAUUGACUUUGGCUUCUCUACACGAAAUUGCUCCCCUGCUGCUCGAAUGGAAGAAACAAACUUGCUCCUUAGUCUGGUUGAAAAUACUUGA